AUGAGGCGGCCACCCACCGCAGCCCUGCUCCUGCUGCCGCUGUGGUUUGGGACUCAGGGGACCGAGUCGUUAAGCGUCUGCGGGCACCCGAGGAUGAGGAUGCUGAACCGGAUGGUGGGCGGGCAGGACGCCUUGGAGGGCGAGUGGCCGUGGCAAGUCAGCAUCCAGCGCAAUGGAAGCCACUUCUGCGGGGGUAGCCUCAUCACAGAGCGGUGGGUCCUCACCGCGGCGCACUGCUUCUCCAACACCUCUGAAACAUCCCUGUACCAGGUCCUGCUGGGGGCGCGGCAGCUGGUGAAGCCGGGGCCGCAUGCUGUGUACGCCCAGGUGAAGCGGGUGGAGAGCAACCCCCUGUACCAGGGCAUGGCCUCCAGUGCUGAUGUGGCCCUGGUGGAGCUGAAGGCCCCUGUGACCUUCACCAAUUAUAUCCUCCCCGUGUGCGUACCUGACCCCUCAGUAACCUUCAAGCCAGGCAUGAACUGCUGGGUCACCGGCUGGGGCAGCCCCAGUGAGCAAGACCGCCUACCCAACCCGCGAAUCCUGCAGAAACUUGCUGUGCCCAUCAUUGACACGCCCAAGUGCAACCUGCUCUACAGCAAAGACGCCGAGUCCGACUUCCAGCCGAAAACCAUCAAGGACGACAUGCUGUGUGCUGGCUUCGCCGAGGGCAAGAAGGACGCCUGCAAGGGCGACUCUGGGGGGCCCCUGGUGUGCCUCAUGGGCCAGUCGUGGCUGCAGGCUGGGGUGAUCAGCUGGGGCGAGGGCUGCGCCCGCCGGAAUCGCCCAGGUGUCUACAUCCGGCUCACCUCCCACCACAACUGGAUCCAUCGGAUCAUCCCGGAACUGCAGUUCCAGCAGGCUAGGUCGGGUGGCCAGAGGCGGGGCCCUGAGCUCCAGCAGCCUCUUGGUCGGAACUUUGCACCCUGCCUAGGGGCCCACGCCAUCCUCCUGGUCCUCAUAGCCCUGCUCACCUUCCUCUGAGCCCCC